GUACCGACUUUCAGCCAAAAAUUGUGAAUAUCUCCCCAAAUAAAACGGCUGUAAAACCCCAACUUCCCUAUUUCUGAUUACGAUCCCUCUUAAACCCUAAUUUCCGCUACCGUUCGCCGUUUUCCGGCAGCUUUUUUCUCUUCUCAUCUUCAAUCUCCAGAAUUUCCCAUCACAAUGGCACAAGAAAAUGGUAUGUUUGUUGUACAUCAAACCGUUGGCAGUGUUCUAUGCUGCAAAUGUGGCAUCCCUAUGCAACCAAAUGCAGCCAACAUGUGUGUGAGGUGUUUGCGUUCCGAAAUCGACAUUACCGAAGGUUUGCUGAAACAAGUGACAAUUUUAUAUUGCCCAGAAUGCGAGACCUAUUUGCAGCCUCCAAAGACUCGAAUCAGGGCUCUGCUAGAAUCAAGGGAGCUUCUAACAUUUUGCCUAAAAAGGUUGAACCUGGAUAAAGCCAAAGUCACAUUGGUCCAUGCCGAGUUUGUGUGGACCGAACCACACUCGAAGAGGCUCAAGGUUAAAUUGAGAAUUCAGAAAGAAGUCCUCCACGGGGCAGUUCUAGAACAAGCUUAUAUUGUUGAGUAUGUUGUGCACCAUAAUAUGUGUGACUAUUGUAAUAGGCUUCAGGCAAAUCCAGAUCAGUGGGUGGCAUCAGUUCAACUCCGGCAACACGUUCCUCACAGGAGGACUUUCUUCUACCUCGAGCAACUUAUUCUUAAACAUGAUGCUGUUUCCCAAGCUAUCAGAAUUAAGCAGAUCGUUCAUGGAAUCGAUUUCUUCUUCUCCAACAGGAGUCAUGCUGUGAAAUUUCUGGAGUUUGUUGGUAAAGUUGCUCCCAUCAAGAGUCGUAGUGACAAAGAGCUUGUUUCUCAGGAUUCCAAGAGCAACACUUACAAUUAUAAGCACACCUUCUCAGUUGAGAUUUGCCCCAUUUGCCGCGAGGAUCUGGUGUGUCUUCCUCCUAAAGUUUCAAACAAUCUCGGGAAUCUGGGCCCACUUGUGAUUUGUACAAGACUGACCAACAGUAUAAUGUUGAUGGAUCCAAACACCUUGAGGUACUGUUUUCUGGAUGCUGAUCAAUACUGGAGAUCACCUUUCAAAAGCCUGCUUAAUAGUAGGCGGCUGGUGGAAUAUAUCGUGCUAGAUAUCGACAAUGUUUCACCUGAAGUUAACGUUUCUGGGUCAAGGUACGCUUUGGCCGAUGCCCAAGUAGCCCGUGUAUCAGAUUUUGGAAGGAACGAUACCAUAUUUCACAUCAGGACACACUUGGGUCAUCUUCUGAGUCCCGGGGAUUACGCCCUUGGUUAUGAUAUAUAUGGGGCUAACCCUAAUGACUCCGAAUUGGACAAAUACAGAAGUCUUGUUCUUCCCGAAGUCAUAUUGCUAAAGAAGAGCUACGAAGAGAAGCGUCAAAGAAAGCGUGGGAAGCCCCGUGCUUGGAAGCUUAAGAAACUUAACAUGGAGGUCGAUGACUCGGGUAACGCUAGAGUUGACCAGGAUAAGGUGGCGAAUGAGUACGAAGAGUUUUUGAGAGAUUUGGAAGAAAAUCCUGAUCUGAGGUUUAACGUGUCAUUGUACCGCGAUAAGGAAUACCAACCAUCGGAAACAGCUUCUAUGACUGAUGAUGGUGAACAGGUGCCCUCUGUGCCCCUGGAUGAGCUGCUUGCUGAACUUGAUAUAAAAGAUGAAGAUGAUGAAGAAGCAGAAGGCAGUAACAUGAAGGAGUGAAUGCGAUGAGCUCUUUUAGAAUCUGUAAAGUUUCUUUGUCAAUUGCAAUUCUGCUUUUGAAAGGUCCAUUCCUCUGUUUUUGUUUAAAAUUCCAUACUUUUUUUUGGUCUUCUGGAGUGUUAUAUGCAUCCCUUCUGAAUACAUUAGCUUUCUUUAA